GCGCGAUCGGGCGAGGUUUCCGGUGUUGUGACUGAAACCCGUCAAUAUGGCGGCGAUCGGCCGCGGCCGCUCUCUCAAGAACCUCCGAAUACGAGGGCGGAAUGACAGCGGCGAGGAGAACGUCCCGCUGGAUCUGACCCGAGAACCUUCUGAUAAUUUAAGGGAAAUUCUCCAAAAUGUGGCCAAAUUGCAAGGAGUAUCAAAUAUGAGAAAGCUGGGCCAUCUGAAUAACUUUACUAAGCUUCUUUGUGAUAUUGGCCAUAGUGAAGAAAAAUUGGGCUUUAAUUAUGAAGACAUCAUAAUUUGUUUGCGCUUAGCUUUAUUAAAUGAAGCAAAAGAAGUGAGAGCAGCUGGGUUGCGAGCGCUGCGCUAUCUCAUCCAAGAUUCCAGUAUUCUGCAGAAGGUGCUGAAAUUGAAAGUGGACUAUUUAAUAGCUAGGUGCAUUGACAUCCAGCAGAGCAAUGAGGUGGAGAGGACACAAGCACUUCGCUUAGUCAGAAAGAUGAUUACUGUGAAUGCUUCCCUGUUUCCUAGUUCUGUGGCUAACUCAUUAAUUGCAGUUGGAAAUGAUGGACUUCAGGAGAGAGACAGGAUGGUCCGGGCAUGCAUUGCCAUUAUCUGUGAACUAGCACUUCAGAACCCAGAGGUGGUAGCCCUUCGAGGCGGACUGAACACCAUCCUGAAGAAUGUGAUUGAUUGCCAGUUAAGUCGCAUAAACGAGGCUCUCAUUACUACAAUUCUGCACCUUCUUAAUCACCCAAAGACCCGACAGUAUGUGCGAGCUGAUGUAGAAUUAGAGCGAAUUUUAGCACCCUAUACUGAUUUCCACUACAGACACAGUCCAGAUACAGCUGAAGGACAGCUCAAAGAAGACAGAGAAGCCCGAUUUCUAGCCAGUAAAAUGGGAAUCAUUGCGACAUUCCGCUCAUGGGCAGGUAUUAUUAAUUUAUGUAAACCUGGGAACUCUGGGAUCCAAUCUCUAAUUGGAGUACUUUGUAUACCAAAUAUGGAAAUAAGGCGAGGUCUGCUUGAAGUGCUCUAUGAUAUAUUCCGUCUCCCUCUACCUGUUGUGACAGAUGAGUUCAUAGAAGCCCUGCUCAGUGUAGAUCCAGGAAGAUUCCAGGACAGUUGGAGGCUUUCAGAUGGCUUUGUGGCAGCUGAGGCAAAAACUAUUCUUCCCCAUCGCGCUAGAUCCAGGCCAGACCUCAUGGAUAAUUAUUUGGCACUGAUACUUUCUGCAUUUAUUCGUAAUGGACUUUUAGAGGGCUUGGUUGAAGUGAUAACGAACAGUGAUGACCACAUCUCAGUUAGAGCGACCAUCCUUUUAGGAGAGCUCUUACAUAUGGCAAACACAAUUCUUCCUCAUUCGCAUAGCCAUCAUUUACACUGCUUGCCAACUCUUAUGAAUAUGGCUGCAUCAUUCGAUAUUCCCAAGGAAAAGAGACUUCGAGCCAGUGCGGCUCUGAACUGUUUAAAACGCUUCCAUGAAAUGAAGAAGCGAGGACCUAAGCCUUACAGCCUUCAUUUAGAUCACAUCAUUCAGAAAGCCAUUGCAACACAUCAGAAACGGGACCACUACCUGCGAGUUCAGAAAGAUAUAUUUGUUCUCAAGGACACAGAAGAAGCUCUUCUAAUAAACCUUAGGGAUAGCCAAGUCCUUCAACAUAAAGAAAAUCUCGAAUGGAAUUGGAAUCUCAUUGGGACCAUUCUUAAGUGGCCAAAUGUAAAUCUAAGAAACUAUAAGGAUGAACAGCUACACAGGUUCGUGCGUAGACUUCUUUAUUUUUACAAGCCCAGCAGUAAGCUCUAUGCUAGUCUGGAUCUGGACUUUGCCAAGUCCAAGCAGCUCACAGUUGUCGGUUGUCAGUUUACAGAGUUUCUUCUUGAGUCUGAAGAGGAUGGGCAGGGAUACUUAGAAGAUCUCGUGAAAGAUAUUGUUCAGUGGCUCAAUGCAUCAUCUGGGAUGAAACCUGAGCGAAGCCUUCAGAACAACGGUUUGCUGACCACCCUUAGUCAACACUACUUCUUAUUCAUUGGAACACUCUCCUGUCAUCCUCAUGGCGUCAAAAUGCUGGAAAAAUGCAGUGUCUUUCAGUGUCUUCUUAAUCUUUGCUCCUUGAAAAACCAAGAUCACCUGCUGAAACUCACUGUUUCUAGCCUAGACUAUAGCAGAGAUGGAUUAGCCAGAGUGAUUCUUUCAAAAAUUCUCACGGCAGCUACUGAUGCCUGCAGACUGUAUGCAACAAAACAUUUAAGGGUUUUAUUGAGAGCUAAUGUUGAAUUCUUCAACAAUUGGGGAAUUGAGUUACUAGUGACUCAGCUACAUGAUAAAAACAAAACAAUUUCUUCUGAAGCGCUGGAUAUCCUUGAUGAAGCUUGUGAAGACAAGGCCAAUCUUCAUGCUCUUAUUCAGAUGAAACCAGCCUUAUCCCACCUUGGAGACAAGGGCUUGCUUCUCCUCCUGAGAUUUCUCUCCAUUCCAAAAGGAUUUUCCUACCUGAAUGAAAGGGGUUAUGUAGCAAAACAAUUGGAAAAAUGGCACAAGGAAUAUAAUUCAAAAUAUGUUGACUUGAUUGAGGAACAACUUAAUGAAGCGCUCACUACAUACAGGAAGCCUAUUGAUGGUGAUAACUACGUUCGUCGGAGUAACCAAAGAUUACAACGACCUCAUGUCUAUCUGCCCGUACACCUUUAUGGACAACUGGUACACCACAAAACAGGCUGCCAUUUAUUGGAAGUACAGAAUGUUAUCACAGAACUCUGUCACAAUGUUCGUACUCCAGACUUGGAUAAAUGGGAAGAAAUUAAAAAGCUGAAAGCCUCUCUUUGGGCCUUGGGAAAUAUUGGCUCAUCGAAUUGGGGGCUUAAUUUGCUACAGGAAGAAAAUGUGAUUCCAGAUAUACUAAAACUUGCAAAACAGUGUGAGGUUCUUUCCAUCAGAGGGACCUGUGUCUAUGUUCUUGGGCUCAUAGCUAAAACCAAGCAAGGCUGUGACAUUCUAAAGUGUCAUAGCUGGGACUCUGUGAGGCACAGUCGCAAGCACCUGUGGCCAGUGGUUCCAGAUGAUGUGGAGCAGCUCUGCAGUGAGCUCUCGUCUGUCCCAAGCACCCUCAGUUUGAACUCUGAGUCUACCAGCUCCAGACAUAACAGCGAAAGUGAAUCUGCACCAUCAAGCAUGUUCAUACUGGAGGAUGAGCGGUUCGGCAGCAGCUCCACCAGUACAUUUUUCCUUGACAUCAAUGAAGAUGGUGAGCCAGCAUUUUAUGACCGACCUGGACCAAUAAAGGAUAAAAACUCAUUUCCCUUUUUUGCCUCCAGCAAACUUGUAAAGACUCGUAUCUUAAAUUCACUUACUUUGCCCAAUAAAAAACACCGCAGUAGUAGUGAUCCAAAAGGAGGAAAACAGUCAUCUGAAAAUAAGACAAGCAACCGGCGAAUCAGAACACUUACAGAGCCCAGUGUUGACUUUAACCACAGUGAUGACUUCACACCCAUCUCCACAGCACAGAAAACAUUACAGCUGGAAACUUCCUUUGUUGGGAAUAAGCACCUUGAAGACACUGGCAGCACUCCAAGUAUUGGAGAGAAUGACUUAAAAUUCCCCAAGAGUUUUGGUACAGAGAAUCACAGAGAAAACACGAGCCGAGAAAGGUUGGUUGUAGAAAGCUCAACAAGCUCACAUAUGAAGAUCCGCAGCCAAAGCUUUAACACAGACACUACAACAAGUGGCAUAAGUUCAAUGAGCUCAAGUCCCUCUCGAGAGACAGUUGGUGUAGACCCUACAACUGUGGACACGGACUGCGGAAGUAUGAGUACUGUGGUAAGUACUAAAACUGUUAAGACAGGCCACUACUUGACACCACAGUCUAACCAUCUGUCUCUCUCCAAGUCGAACUCAGUGUCCCUGGUGCCACCAGGUUCUUCUCAUACACUUCCUAGAAGAGCACAGUCCCUUAAAGCACCCUCCAUUGCAACAAUCAAAAGUCUAGCGGAUUGCAACUUUAGCUACACAAGUUCUCGAGAUGCCUUCGGCUAUGCUACAUUGAAAAGAUUGCAGCAGCAAAGAAUGCACCCAUCCUUAUCGCACUCCGAAGCUUUGGCAUCUCCAGCGAAAGAUGUACUGUUUACUGACACCAUCACCAUGAAGGCUAACAGUUUUGAGUCCAGACUGACGCCAAGCAGGAUCGAUUUUAAAAAGAAGCAUGUCGGGGGAAUCAGGAGCUUAAGACCUACAAUAACAAACAACCUUUUCAGGUUUAUGAAAGCUUUAAGUUAUGCAUCAUUAGAUAAAGAAGAUUUAUUAAGUCCUAUUAAUCAAAAUACCCUGCAGCGAUCCUCCUCUGUUAGGUCCAUGGUAUCCAGUGCUACAUACGGAGGUUCUGAUGACUACAUUGGACUUGCUCUUCCAGUAGACAUCAAUGAUAUAUUCCAGGUAAAGGAUAUUCCUUAUUUUCAAUCAAAGCACGUGCCUCCUCCAGAUGACCGAGGUGCAAGAAUGUUUUCCCACGAUGCAGGAGGUCUUCCAUCUGGAACUGGUGGUCUUGUAAGAAAUUCUUUUCACUUGUUACGGCAGCAGAUGAGUCUCACGGAAAUAAUGAACUCCGUCCAUUCGGACGCCUCUCUGUUUUUAGAGAGCACAGAAGACACUGGACUGCAGGAGCACACGGAUGACAAUUGCCUUUACUGUGUCUGCAUUGAAAUUCUGGGCUUCCAACCCAGUAACCAGCUCAGUUCGAUAUGUAGUCACUCAGACCUUCAAGAUAUUCCAUAUUCUGAUUGGUGUGAGCAGACGAUCCACAAUCCUUUAGAAGUGGUUCCUUCAAAGUUCUCGGGGAUUUCUGGGUGCAGCGAUGGUGUAUCUCAAGAAGGCUCAGCCAGCAGCACCAAAAGCACAGAGCUGCUUUUGGGUGAAUCUUCAGGUGUGAAAACCAUUCCAGAUGAUACACCAAUGUGCCGUAUCCUGCUUCGUAAAGAAGUGCUAAGAUUAGUCGUUAAUUUGAGUAGUUCAGUUUCUACGAAGUGUCAUGAAACAGGGCUUUUGACAAUUAAAGAGAAGUAUCCUCAAACAUUUGAUGACAUCUGCCUUUAUUCUGAAGUUUCUCAUUUGUUGUCACACUGCACAUUUAGACUUCCAUGCCGGAGGUUCAUACAAGAGUUAUUUCAGGAUGUACAAUUUUUACAAAUGCAUGAAGAAGCAGAGGCUGUGUUGGCAAUUUCACCAAAACAACCUGUAGUUGACGAGUCUGACGAAUCCUGACCUCAUAUUUAUGAUGUUUAUAGCUAGAUCCUCUAUAUUUAUCCAUCCUUGUGGAUUUCCUAAAGGCCUCACAAAAUACUGCCUGGCUGUCGGCGAGACAGGAGUAUCUUCUGACGCUGUCCCAGCAAUCACUGGUCCAGAAGAGCUUCAGCUGCUGACGUCCUAACCAAGCCAGCUUCCUCCUCUUCCCUGUUGGGGAUUCAUUACCACAAUUUUAAUUCAGUUACCGUCAUAUGCAAGAGCCAAGCACUGAAUACCUACAUAGGUUUUCUAUUUUUUUAUUUGAAAAGCAUAAUGGUAGUGGAACAAAAACAGGACAUGAAGAAGCACCCGUCACACAGUUAUUUCGGAAUGCUUCUUAAUUAAGGGUAAAUCUAAAAGAUGCCUUGUUUGUUAACUAAUUCAUGGAAACCAGGAGUCACUGUCUCUGAGGCUGCGUCCUGUUAUCUCUAGGCUGUGCUGUAACUGCUGGGAUCAGAGGGCUUCGUUGGCCCUUCCACAUUUCCUUACUGUUGUAACACUACUUCAGAGGGUUCUGACCUCAGAGCAAAAGAAGAGCCUCCCCAGUUGGAACUGAAAGGUUAUUUUAUGUUGCUAGACUGCAUAAAGAUGUUUCUUUGUCUCCUUCUCUUCAGGUUUGUUGCUGUUUGUUGUUGAAAGUUGUUUGUACCAGUUAAGGUUUUUCACUACAGUUGAUGAAAAUAAGUAGUUCUGUGGAAAUACUUCCCCUGGCCAGAGUGCAUAGUAUGCCCAGAGGACUCCUCCUCAUCAGCUCCUUUCACCACCACCUGAGACUGAUUGAGCAAGUGUCAGUAGUUUGGACCCAAAGCAAAGGAAAGCAUUAGAUGAUACUUCUGACCUCUUUUAGAAAAGACAAGUUUGCAUGAAAUUUACACAUUCCAUGUAAAAAAGAAAAGCCAUAUUUGCUUUUAAAAAGUCAUUGAGUCUUAUUAAGAUUCAAAAUUGUGGUGAAAAGCCUUAAUUACUAAAUGUUAAAGCAGCGAUAAUGUAAUUUUUGUUAGUGUUCUUGUUUUGCACAGAAUAAUUACAGUUAUAGGUGAGUUGAAGAGUACAGUCAUUGCUUUUAUCACGUUUGUGAAGUUGAUGAAGGCAAGGUUUUGUCUGUCUGUCUAAUUUGUGUAUGUAUAAAGAUAUUUGAAAAUCUUUACAGAAAUUAAACAUAUAUGCAAAUUUGUA